ACAAUAUGGGAUGGAUCUACUUGGGCUACCAAUGGUGGCAAAUACAAAGUUAACUACAAAUACGCGCCAUACAUUGCCGAAUUCUCCGAUUUCAUCCUCCACGGCUGCGCUAUCGAUCCAACCGACCAGUCCUCAAGCUGUGAUCACUCCCAAAACUCCAACCCAAUCCCUUCAGGUAUAACACCAUCUCAAAGAGCCAAAAUGGAGAGCCUCAGAAAGAAGCACUUGACAUACUCCUAUUGCUAUGACCGCAUCCGCUACAAGGCCCCUCCACCGGAGUGUGUGAUCAACCCUGCAGAGGCUGAACGACUCCGAGUCUUCGACCCUGUAACAUUCGGUAAAGGAAGACGCCAUCGCGGGAAAAUCCACCACCACAGCGUCCUAAACCAGGCAGAAUCCGCCGCCUCUGCUUGAGACAUGGCAUAUUCUUUCGUGGGGGUCAUUUUCUCGUGUAUAGACGACGACCGAGGUGAGUCGAUAGAUUUGUUGAAGGUGCCAUAGGAGGAGAUCCACAUUGAAGAGCAUCUGUAUAGUUCAUUUAUUUUGUUUUCAUUGUCACUUCACAGUUUCAUUACAUUCUUGGUUUUCUGAUUACCACAUUCAGUAGUAGCAGUGUUAAUGGAUUGUUUUGAAUUUGAUAUGAAACCCUCAUAAAUUUGAAUAAAAAAAGUUCAGGAUUUCAGGUUUU